GCUAGUUAGUCGCUCGCGACAGGUGCGAUUGCUAAGAUGUUCCUCAGUGGCUAUUGGUUGCAGGUGGUGCUCUCCUGGGCGGUGGUGGCCUUUGCGACGGCCACGGUGGUGGUGGCGGUGCAGAAGGCUCAGCUGGAAAGGGACCUCCGUGAUGUACAGGACAAAAUCGAUGUGUUCGAGGAGUGGAACGGAGAGGGCCGCACUCGCAUCAAGCGUGAAGAUACGACGGAUUACCGCCUGCCCACGAAUCUGGUGCCCACGCACUACGAGCUCUACUGGCAUCCGGAUCUGGAGACAGGCAAUUUCACCGGACAGCAGAGGAUCAGCAUCAAGGUGGUGGAGGCCACCAAUCAGAUUAUUCUGCACUCCUAUCUCCUGGAUAUCACAAGUGUCUAUGUGCUGAAUAGAGAGGUGGAAAAGUUCGAGCUGGAGGAGGAACGUCAGUUCCUGAUCAUCACUUUGACGGAAGAGCUGCCGGUGGACGCCAGUAUUACUCUCGGAAUCAUUUUCGGUGGACAGAUGAAGGAUAAACUCGUGGGUCUCUACAGCAGUACCUAUCUAAACGAGGCAGGAGCUACCAGAACCAUUUCAACCACGAAAUUCGAACCCACCUACGCGCGUCAGGCCUUCCCAUGCUUCGAUGAGCCAGCCAUGAAGGCCACAUUCGCCAUCACAGUCGUUCAUCCAUCGGGAUCCUACCACGCCGUUUCCAACAUGCAGCAAACGGAAUCCAAUUAUCUGGGUGACUAUACUGAGGCCAUCUUCGAGACGAGUGUGUCGAUGAGCACCUACCUGGUAUGCAUUAUUGUGUCAGACUUCGCAUCCCAAACGACCACGGUGAAGGCCAACGGAAUUGGCGAGGACUUCUCAAUGCAAGCCUAUGCCACCUCGCAUCAGAUCAACAAAGUCGAGUUUGCUCUGGAGUUCGGUCAAGCAGUCACGGAGUACUAUAUUCAGUACUAUAAGGUGCCCUAUCCGCUGACCAAACUGGACAUGGCCGCCAUUCCCGACUUCGCCUCCGGCGCCAUGGAGCACUGGGGAUUGGUCACUUACAGGGAGACCGCUCUGCUGUACGAUCCCAGUUACAGUUCCACGGCGAACAAGCAAUCGAUUGCCGGAACACUGGCCCAUGAGAUUGCACACCAGUGGUUCGGAAACCUGGUCACCAUGAAGUGGUGGAACGAUCUAUGGCUGAACGAGGGAUUCGCCCGCUAUAUGCAGUACAAGGGAGUCAAUGCUGUCCACCCGGACUGGGGAAUGCUGGAGCAAUUCCAAAUCGUGGCCCUUCAACCCGUGUUGGUAUACGAUGCCAAGCUAUCAUCCCAUCCAAUUGUCCAGAAGGUAGAAAGCCCCGAUGAGAUUACGGCCAUAUUCGACACCAUCAGUUACGAAAAGGGAGGAUCCGUGAUCCGUAUGCUGGAGACACUUGUGGGCGCCGAAAAGUUUGAGGAGGCGGUGACCAACUACCUGGUCAAGCAUCAGUUCAAUAACACGGUGACCGAUGACUUCCUCACCGAAGUCGAAGCUGUGGUAACUGACUUGGAUAUCAAGAAACUGAUGCUCACCUGGACCGAACAGAUGGGUUAUCCGGUGUUGAAUGUCUCCAAGGUUGCAGAUGGUAGUUUCAGGGUUACCCAGCAGCGAUUCCUCUCCAAUCCAGCCAGUUACGAGGAGGCUCCUUCAGAUAGCACCUACGGAUACAAGUGGAGUGUUCCGAUUACCUGGUUUGCUGAUGAUGGCUCAGAGAACAGCUUCAUAUACGACAACGACGUGGACUCUGUGGGAAUUGCCGUGCCCAGCGAGGUGCAGUGGAUCAAGUUGAAUGUCAACCAAACGGGCUACUAUAGGGUCAACUACGAGGAGGAUCUGUGGGCCCUGCUCAUCCAGCAGCUAACCACCAAUCCCGCUCGUUUCGAAAUCGCCGAUCGUGGCCAUCUUUUGAACGAUGCCUUCGCUCUGGCGGAUGCCAGCCAACUAUCCUACAAAAUUCCCUUGGAUAUGACCGCUUACUUGGCCCAGGAGCGAGACUUCGUGCCUUGGUAUGUGGCCUCCAAUAAGCUGAGGUCGCUCCAUCGCAGUCUCAUGUUCAGCGAGGGAUACAUCUCGUACCUCACCUAUGCCAGAAGUCUGAUCGCCGGCGUAUACGAGGAGGUGGGUUGGACUGUGGACGCCGACAAUCACCUGAAGAACCGCCUGCGUGUUUCCAUUUUGACCGCCGCCUGUGCCCUGGGUGUUCCAGAUUGUCUGCAGCAGGCUUCCGAGCGCUUCAACACCUUCCUGCAGACUCCGACCAGCCGACCUUCCCCCGAUCUUCGCGAGAUCGUAUACUACUAUGGCAUGCAGCAGUCCACCAGCCAAUCGAGCUGGGAUCAGUUGUUCCAACUCUUUGUGGCCGAAACCGAUGCCAGCGAGAAACUGAAGCUGAUGUACGGAUUGUCUGGCGUACGGAACAGCCAGUAUCUGUUCGACUUCCUGGUUCAGGCCUCUAGAGAUGAGAGCAUCGUCCGCUCCCAGGACUAUUUCACCUGUGUGCAGUACAUAGCCGCCAAUCCUGUGGGUGAACCUGUCGUCUGGGAAUUCUACCGCGAACAGUGGCCCCAGCUGACCAACCGUUUUGGCCUGAACAACCGCAACUUUGGACGACUUAUCGCCCAGAUCACGGCCAACUUUGCUAGCUCCGUGAAACUGGAGGAGGUUCAGCACUUCUUCUCCAAGUACCCAGAAUCGGGAGCUGGAGCUAACUCCCGUUUGGAGGCCGUGGAAACCAUCAAGUACAACAUCGAAUGGCUAUCCAGAAACGAAGCUGACAUCAGCAACUGGCUAAGUGGAACAGCCUCGCCGCUGACCAAGGAAAACCAAUUGUAAAAUUGUAUAUUGUAUCUAAACCGGCCAUUUAGCCAAUAAUUAUAGUUGCAUAAGCGAAAAUUCCGUUCGAGUUCAAUAAAAUGAAAUUCCAAAAUCAAACCAUAAA